CGUAGCACUCAUGGCGUAUCCUUACCCUGGCCAAUAUUCAGAACAGUAUUCGACCCCCUCAACACCGCGUGAAGCCUUCCCUUCCUGGGAAGCCAUUGAACAUCAACCUCAAGCCCAACAACAAUCUGAGCCGAUUUUUACAGGUCAGCUAUCGCCGUUAACCCCAACGCUGAUGCCAAUAUACACGCAAGCGGUGCAACCAGAGCAUCUCACUGGUGCUGACCAGAGUUCGCCCGUCGAUAAUAAUACUAUUCGACUUCUUCCCGCGCCGCAGCCAAGCACGUCGGAGCCGUCAACAAGAGGACGCCAACAUCUCCGUAGAACUCCCCCUCGAUCUCGGGAGCACAGGGUUCAUCCUUAUACCCGACCGGGCAGCGCGGCUGGUCCUAGUCAAAGCCAGGAUCCUAUCAUUAGAUUUGUCCCACCGAUACUAGCCCCAGCCAGGGCACCUACCGCACCGCCUACCCCUCAACGUCUCCGCUCCUCCCCCGCUUCGGUCGGCAGCCGUGAACACACCUCUCUCUUGCUUUCACCAGCAUCACGAACCCUCGUCAUCCGAUACGACUGGCGUUACGACCCAGAAACAACAUCAAUUACCGCCUACUUUGAGCUUCCCGGCGUUAAGCGCGAAGAUAUUUCAAUCCGUCUCUGGACGUGUUUUUAUAACCACUCCAGGCAGGUAACAGUGUACGCUACCAGGCAUGCUCCCUUCCCAGGAGCAGCGACUUCACGUGAUCCUGAACCAGGGAAUGAAAUAUUUUGGAUUGAGGGCAAGUACGGUCAAUGCAAGAGGUCCAUUGUCGUUCCUCCAGACUGCAAACCUGAAGAUAUCGAUGCAAGAUAUGAAGAUGGGAUUCUCGUUCUGAAGAUCCAAUGCGGUCCGCCUGAUGACAAGAAUGAAGUACAAAUAGUACCUCUUCGAUGAGAGUGUUGAUCUGUUGUUGAGUCUUUG